AUGAAUUAAAGUUGGAGAUAAAAGUUUGAGAAAGAUAAGUAGUAUCCGAGACAUCCGAUGGCUCACAAAAAUGGUAAAUGCGCAAUGUCUAUAUUGAAAAGGUGGUGUUCAUAUGAAUUAGGAGGAUGAUACAAAGCUAUUUUAGAUAGCAGGAGCAAUGCUAAAAUAAAUUGGUUCAAAAAUAGCUAAGGGAGAUUUCAAUUUAGCUACUAUUCCAAAACCCAUCUGUUUAACAGCUCCCAAAACAGCUAAUGAGUGCUUGACAUUGUAUAUUUUUAAUAGCAAUAAGUGAUCACGACUAUGCCCACAUUUAUCUGACAGAGGCAGCAAAGUGCAAGGAUCCCCUCUAGAGAAUGCAAUUGGUAGUGGCAAAUGAAAUUGCCUAUCUACAUGGGACCCACACUUAUUUGAGGUCAUUGGCACCCAUCGAUCCUAUGGUUGGAGAGACAUGCCAAAAAGUGAAGGAGGAUGGCACUGCAUUUUAUUGUGAAUUCAUCAAGGCAGACCCUCCAACAACAUUAUAUUAAAUCUAUGGAGAUGGGUGGUAAAUCUAUGGCUCAGAAGAAGUGUUGGCUGAAAUCCAUCCGACCAUAACUUAGAUCAUUGGUAAGAAUCUUAAACCGAAAUACAUAAAAUUUGCAGAUGGAAAACUGUAUGAAAUAAAAGUACCAGCUAUGAUUAUCAAUGGGUUAAUGAAGGGAGAUCGAAUUUUAAAUAAAUUGGAUAGUUUCACAAUAAAGUGUGUGUAAGACAAAUUGGUUGCUCAAAUCAAUUUCAGUUAUGUGUAUGAAGGGAGUGCUUAGAAGAUCAAAAACAAGCUGAUGUUUUGGUCUCAGUAAUAGAAACCACUUUCAGAUUUGGUGGAUGUUAAAAUAAAUAAAUUAAUUAAUGUAAUAAUAAUAUUAUUAAAAAAGACUGAUGAUGACGAUGAAGAUCAAGUGUUCACCUUAUCAAAAGGCUCAGGGUCAUGGCUGUCUCAUUUUGAAAUUGAUGGCGAAGUAGUGUGGAGAAUAGAUGAUCCCAUCUAACCAUGGAAGGAACCAGCCUAUAUACUACCAAGUGAUUCAAUUUAUAGAGAGGACAAAGCACUGAUGUUGAAGGGAGAUGACGAAGCGGCUCAAAGGUAUUUGUGAUGUGUCAAUAGUUACAGUUCUCGUAAUAAGAUUGAGGAGCUUGGAUUAAAAGAUUAGAAUUUAAGAAGAAAGAGGAAAUGAGAUAUAUUUGAUAAAAUGUAAAGUUA